AUGCUCCGCCAGGCUGUUCGAGGAGCUCGAUGUUACAAUGCGGCGCGCAAUUUGUCGAUUUCGCAGCGCGCCUUUAGCGUCGUAACGGCGCGUCGGCUCGACUUUGGCGGGCCGAACGAUAAGGUCAACUUUUAUGAACAAGACGCCACCGGCAAGCAGCGACAUAAGGUUGACCCGGAAGCCGAAGAAAAUGCCGAACGAGAGGAAAUUGGGCAGGAGCUUACGAAGCUUCAGGAGGAGCUCAAGGUCUUAGAGAAAGGCCCUUUUGCUCCCGAUAGCCCGUUCAUUCAAAGUUUGCCGGAGAAGGAUAGAAAAAUUGCGCUAGAGGCGCUCCGCAAAUAUGAGGAGGGAAAAGGCGUGGAGAAAUCGCAUCCUUCCCUGGAGGAUGUAUUUGACGAGGAGCUGGAUGAGAUGUUGAAGGAAGAAUUUGAGGGAAUGGCCCUGGAACAAGAGAAUUGGCAAGACACUGCCAGGGAGCAACGCAAAGCAGCGGCUAAAAAGGCGUCAGAGGCUAGAAAACUAGCAGGCACUGAUUCUCACCCAUAUGCGGAUCGAUUCCGAAAAUCUCUCCGCCAAUAUAACGGAAACGUCUAUUCCGGGUUUUCUGGACACACUCCCUCGGAGGCUAUGGAAGCUGUGUGGCAAUCGCAAAAUACACCCCAGUUGUCAAAACCUCUACGGUCAACACAUCUACAAUCCCUGGUCCAGGAUGCCAGAUCUGCCGACAGAGCACUCGCCACACCACAGAUCCUGUCCUACAUUCAGGCGCUACAUGAUGGAGGUGCCACAAAUAAAGCAUUGGAAGAGUGGGAAGCAUACCAGGCCGAGCUUUCACAGAAGAAGGAAGAUCUCGAGGAAUACUGGAUGCUAGGUGUUCACCUCUUCGCCGCCGAGAAUAACCCUCAGCGCGCUCAAGAUAUAGCACUGGCGUUUUUGGCAAAUGAUAAAUCCCAAGCCAGAGUACUGAUCCCGGUGAUCGUUGCAUGGGGCAAUAUCCCAGGGAAGGAAGCGGAGGUCAAAGCAUGGGCCUUGUACUUACAACUGAAGACAUUCUUGGAUACCAACAUGACCAUGGAAGAUUACGAUAUCAUCAGCAUCGGUCUUCUCACGGCUGGCAGAUUGGAUACUGCUAUCGCCAUCUUCAAGGAUAUGAUGGUGACGGGUCGAAGCCCUGCCAAUGAUUCCACGGCCGUGUACAAAGCAGCUCUUGGUCUAGCUGGUAAUCUCCAUGCAUCAAGUAUCAAUGAGAAGGCUGUGAACAAGGUCUCUUUAGCUGCCCUCACAAUGCUUCCCCGCGAGUUUCAGAACAGGUUCUUCUAUGCGAGCUGGAUGAAGAAGCUUAUCGGCAUGGGUCAAGUCGACUCAGCCGCACUGGUAAUUGAACUAAUGUACGAGAGAGGCGUUCGUCCAGACUCCAAACAUCUCAAUGGUCUGAUUGCCGGGUGGCUCCGUGACGGUAGUGCAAAAGCGCGAGACAAGGCAGAGCGGCUGGGCUGGGCCAUGAUACAACACCGCAUCAAUGCUGUCUGGAAGCGAUAUGAGCCAGUGAAGCCCGUGCCUAAAAUUGAGGUCCAAUAUCAAGAAGCCGACCACAGUCGAACCCCAUUCUUCCUUAAGCGGGAAGUGCCACCUGCCAGUAUCGAAACAUUUUCCGUUCUCCUCCUGCACUAUACCCGCCGAGGAGAUGACGAUAUGGUCAAGUACCUGGCCAAGUGUCUCAGUGAUGCCCACAUUCAACCAAACUCAUACUUCAUGAACCACCUCCUCUAUGCCGAACUACGCAAGCAAGACAUUCAUUCUCUUUGGGCCAGGUUCCGAAAAAUGUCUACCUCCGUGCGCCCCGACCUAGAAACUUAUGCAUGUCUAUGGGACUGUGCAAAGCUACAGUACGAUCGAGGUCGCACCACCUUCGAUGCAGAAUUUCCUUCGGCGCGGCAACUCUUUACUGGAAUGAUGCAGUGGUACGCGCAACUUCCUCCAAGGGCUCGCAACACCACCAAUUCCGAGUUCUCCAAGGAACUGUAUGAUCAGGUCGUGCGUUGUUUCUGUCUAUCGAAAGAUCUCGCCGGUACACUCGUGGCACUCCAGUCCAUGAAGAUGGCAUUCGGGUUCGCACCAGAUAACGACACCGCUCGCUUAAUUGUGAUUCAAGUUGCUCGUUUGGCUGGUGUGCCGGCUGGUACACCAAAACACCGUCUCCGUCGACUAGCCUCUACCCCUCGAAGCAAAGAGAACAUUGCGCAAGUCAGCCGUCUUCUAGAGAUGCUUGGCGAGCGCAAGUCCAUGGCACUUCAAGCACAAGGGUUGAGUCUCGAACAGCUUGAUCCACACGAAACGCAACAGUAUCAGCUCGAGAUCAUGGGCCAACUACUACGCAUCGUUUUAAGCCGUUCUGAGCGACUGGAUCCAGCUCAAGUUGAAGAUGAGCUGUACCGCGCUGCAGCAGAGAUGGGAUUCGAGGAACUUAAUCUUGGUUCACCCUUGGGUGUGGAAGACAGUCAACUGUUGUAA